UACAGUACUCAUCACUCAACUACUACUCAUCUAGUCACAGUCAUGGCUAAUUCAACUUUCCAACAACCCCACGGCGAGGUGAACGCCCAAAUCAACUUCCUGUCCCCCCCCGCAGAUGGUUCCGCGCCUUUUGCAUACGUGGAGAACCCCCCAGCAGGCCAGCCUCAACAAAAUUAUACAGAGGUCACCCAUACUGUUUCCGUGCAGGAUGUUCGCGGACACGAAGCCGAAUACAACUUAGACAAGGAUGCGUUUCAACUGUAUCAGCAAGUCCCUUCCGCUAUGUCGUAUGAGGCGUUUGACUCGGACGAGACAGUACGAACAACAUACUAUGCGGAGAUUGAGAAAUUUCUCCUUGAAAACGUGGCCGGCGCACAGAAGGUCGUCAUUUUCGACCACACAAUUCGCAGACAUCACCCCAAUUCUCAUCGACAGCCUGUGAGCUUUGCGCAUGUGGAUCAAACGCCGUACGCCGCGGAACAGCGCGUGCGCCACAGUAUCAACGAUCCCGAGGAGACGGAAAAGCUGCUCCAGGGUCGAUAUAGGAUCAUUAAUGUGUGGCGCCCCUUGAAUGGCAAGGUGGAAUCGAUGCCGCUGGCUUUUGCCACUGCUACCUCUGUGAAGCCCGGGGAUCUUUCUGCUAUCCAGCGGCGAUAUCCUAACUACACAGGUGAAACCAUGGGAGUUAAGUUCAACGCUGAACAGAAGUGGUUGUACUGGUCAGGGGUGGAUGAUGAUGAACGGAUUCUUAUCAAAUGCUCAGAUAGUAAGGAAGGGGUUGCUGCAAGAGUGCCACAUUCCGCAUUUCACGAUCCUCGCUCGCCGCAGAAUGCAAAGCCGAGGGAGAGUAUUGAAGUGCGUACUGUGGUGUUUGGCUGAGAAUUCGCUUAUGAUUAACAAGUUAUGGCGACUGUAUGCCAUCUGUACAGUACAUGCAGAGUAAAUUAAGAUCACAGGUCAAUCUGCUUUGCUUUAUUUCUGGACAAUAUUUUCCAAUUUAUAAAAGCAAGAAAAUAUGCCGUGAAAUUUCUUUCUUUUCUUAUAAUCAUGACUCGUUUAUAUAGUGAUGAAGGUCGUCAAACUAUGAUGGUAGAGAGUUGACCGAAAUGGAUUCAAUUGGGUCUAACUAGGAAAUAGAGAGAAGGAGAGAUGCUUGGAAGAAGCAUGGAGAUCUAGAAGGAAACAGUGGCUUAAAUAUACUAGAUAGUCACAUGUUAUUAUCUUCUUCUUUAUAGUAAUGCUACUUUAUAGUAAUGCUG